UCGUCCGCCGCUGCUCGUGCUGUGUGCUGUGUCCGCCGGCUGGUGCCGCCAUGGGGUCCAAUUCGUACCGAGUGGGGGGCGGGUGCUCGCCCGGUUCGGCGCUACGCUGCGGCAGGAAGAGCCGCUUCGGAUGGAUGCAGCAUGUCAUCACCGUGCUGGCCUUCGUACUGUUCGUGGUCGGCUGUACGAUGAUCGGCUACAUGGGCUGGGUGCUCUCCACGUCAGUGACCGUGGCGCGCUUCAUGUCUGGGGAGCUGAUUUUCACCUACGUAGUCAUCUCACUGGGCUUUGUCUAUUUCUUCUCUGGCCUGGUCGGCUGGGUGUCGUCCUUCUCUGAAAACUACUGCCUUCUUCGACUGUUCAUGUCCCUGGUUCUACUGCUGGUAAUUGGUCAAGUUGGAGGACUUAUCACCCUUUACGCAAUGCAAUUCAAGCUGUACGACAUGCUCAGAGUAAGCUGGAACGAGAUCAACCAAGAUACCCGUAAUUUCGUCCAAAAGUCGCUGGAGUGUUGCGGUUUCACGGGCCCCAAGGAGUUCGCCUACACGGACUCGCUGCUGGACAGCACCUGCUACGAGGAGACACCUCCGGAGGGAGUCUAUACGAGCGAGACGCGGUCCGUCCAGGAGCUCCGUCAGGACGGCUGCGGCCCGCUACUGCAGAGCUGGCUGGAGACCAACAAGGUGACCUGGGUGCCGGCGCUGGCCUGUCUGGCCGGCCUGCAGAUUCUCACACUCUGCAUCACCAUCUACGUCAUCAAGCGGAAGCGCAAGUCACACCGAGGCUCGAGGUCCAGUUCAACGCGGCAGCUGCACGAUUAUAUCGAGUGAGACUGUAUCCGGGGUGGGGCGACGCCGGCAGUGAUUGAGACGAACUGGUAUCCUAGUGAUGUCGGUGGCAAAAUGAGGACCCUGAGACAGCGUCAGGUGUGGUAGAGGUUACAGAAAUGGUUGACUAGAGCUGACCUGGUUCAACUGCAAGUGGAUUAGUGGUUGGUGCGAGCUGCUGGAGAUAUGACCUACAGCGUGGAGUUAAACCUGAUAAGUCCAUGACACGGGGGCCUCAACGCAGAUGCGAAACGCUCAAGGAAAGUUAAUGUUAAUGAUGGAACACGACGUGAGACGAAACUGAUGUAAUCGAAAUCGACAGUGCUUUUUCUGAAAAUAAUCCGAUAGAUAAGUGAUGUCGAUAUCUCUUCCUUAUAAUGCGCUUACGGCACCCAAAUUAUUGCUAAACAUUACGAUAGAUUUUUCGUUAAUCAAAUUCCAUUAUAACGGCUAUGCUGGCCUUUAUAAGAUAAAAAUGAUUUAUAAACGCCAUUUUAGGUGUAUACAGCAUCAAGUUGAGUGUAUUGUAUGCGCGUAUUUUUUUCUCUAGGGUUUUUUCACCGAUCGAUAUUUGUCCUCGCACAGGUGCUUUUUAAACUCGAUCAGUGCAUUUGUACUUAUUAGCUCGUGAUGAUUUGGUGAACUUGUCAAGUCUUUCGUGUUCCGUCAUACAGUCAAUGAUCGCUACUGAAAUGUCCUUAAUUUCAUUUUGAGACAUGACUUGUAUUUAUUUUGCACCAACCUCUCGUUACACAUCCGCAUGGGUUUGGCUUAUGUGCAUGCAUAUUGUAAAUUAAGUGGAAAUGGCGCACUGAAACUGUACAGUUAUGCAUAAGUCCGAUGGCCACUGUAAAUAUGUAUGACUUCGGGCCUGUCUUUGAAUACGUCAAUGAGAUCAUUGAAAUGUAAAUGAAUGUGAAAUGUAUAUUAGUUCCGUAUGCAUGGUUCAUCUCAUUUUCAUUUACUCCCCCCCCCCCCUCAACGAACUUCAACGAACCUGCAACAUCCAUAUGUGUGUUUGUGUGCGAAUCUGUUGCAUGGAAGUGUUUGGGGUGGUCGUUGCUUAGCGCCCGUAUUCGCAAAAUCUGUACCAUAACUAAUCUUAAUAAAUAUGAACUACUUAUGAACGUUUUA